CCGUUGUCAAGGCAAAUGUCCGGAGCUGGCUGUGCGUGCGCUGGUUAGUGAGGAGGAGGAGAAGGUGGGGAGCCUGCUUCUUAUCACACAGCCUGCUGGAAAGGUUAUUUGACUUCCCACCAGAUGUUAUAGAACUCUAAUGGGCCAGGAGGAUAGCCUUAUUUAACACCGUUUUCUUCCUUCCUGUUGGGAACCACAAAGUGAGGAGGGAUGCCCACGGAAAGUGGAAGCUGGGCAGCUGGGCGGCAGACUAAGCAGAAGCGCAAGUCCAACAGUCUAACUCUAAAGCGGACAAAUAGCACGGAGCAGGACCGCCCCAGUCUACAUCGGGACAUGCUGGAGGGGCAGGAUUCCAAGCUGCCAUCCUCGGUGCGAAAUACACUCCUGGAGCUCUUUGGGCAAAUAGAAAGGGAAUUUGAGAAUCUCUACAUUGAGAAUCUAGAGUUGCGACGUGAAAUAGACACCUUGAAUGAACGCCUGGCAGUAGAAGGACAGACGAUCGAUGGAGCUGAAUUAAUUAAAGGUCAAAUGAAAACAAAAGCUAGUCACAGUACAAGUCAGCUGUCACAGAAGUUGAAGACCACCUACAAAGCAUCAACUAGCAAGAUCGUCUCCAGCUUCAAGACCACAACAUCUCGUGCGAUCUGCCAGUUGGUGAAAGAAUAUGUUGGCCACAGAGACGGACUGUGGGAUGUCAGUGUUACACGGACGCAGCCAGUGGUCCUGGGGACUGCAUCUGCAGAUCACACAGCGUUACUGUGGAGCAUAGAGACUGGAAAAUGCCUUACCAAGUAUGUUGGCCACGCCGGAUCAGUGAACUCUAUCAAAUUUCAUCCUACAGAUCAAAUUGCAUUAACAGCAUCUGGAGACCAGACAGCUCACAUCUGGCGCUACGUGGUACAGUUACCCACUCCGCAACCAUCAACAGACACCAGCAUUUGUGCAGAGGAAGAAGUAGAUUUUUCAGAUAAAGAUGAACUUGAUGCCGAUGGAGAUAUUUCCAGUGAUUGUCCUACUGUCCGGGUUCCAAUAACCUCACUUAAAAGCCACCAGGGAGUGGUCAUAGCUGCUGACUGGCUGGUCGGGGGGAAACAAGCGGUCACUGCAUCAUGGGAUAGAACUGCCAACUUGUAUGAUGUAGAGACAUCUGAGCUUGUCCACUCUCUGACAGGUCAUGAUCAGGAAUUAACCCACUGCUGCACACAUCCCACACAGCGUCUCGUAGUGACGUCUUCCCGUGACACAACCUUCCGACUGUGGGAUUUUAGAGACCCCUCCAUACAUUCUGUGAAUGUUUUCCAGGGCCACACUGACACUGUGACCUCUGCUGUAUUCACGGUGGGGGACAACGUUGUGUCGGGAAGCGAUGACCGUACUGUGAAAGUCUGGGAUCUAAAGAAUAUGAGAUCACCCAUUGCCACCAUUCGAACAGAUUCUGCUGUAAACAGGAUUAGUGUGUCUGUCGGCCAGAGGAUCAUUGCCCUUCCACACGACAAUCGGCAGGUUCGGUUAUUUGACAUGUCUGGAGUAAGAUUAGCUCGUCUUCCUCGCAGCAAUAGACAGGGCCACCGAAGAAUGGUCUGCUGCUCGGCUUGGAGUGAAGAUCACCCAACGUGCAAUCUCUUCACUUGCGGCUUUGAUCGCCAGGCCAUAGGAUGGAACAUAAACAUCCCUGCGUUGCUGCAAGAGAAAUAGACCUAAGAAGACAUAAAUAUGUAUAUGUAUUGGUUGAAUUUUGCAUUUUUACUGUGGACAUUUUCCAUCCGAGCAGGCAUUUACUGCCCUGCUGUCAUUG